GCCAUGCAAACGCUGCACUAUCUCACGUUGUCUCUAAUAACGCCCCCUUUACUAGCAGUCUUCGCGGACCCGGAUUCUCUAGAAUUCGAAGGGGGUGCGGCUAAUGUAGGUAUGAUCAUGGACUGGCGUCAAAUGACAGGUCGACCCACUGCACAAGCUGAUACAUGGGGUCUGGGCUCUUGGAGUGGGGGACGCAAGCUCGACGAAUCCGCUGGUAGCUCACUACCCAUGCUUGAAGGAGGGUGGAAAGCAGAUCCUGUGAGAGGAUGGGUCAUCGCGUUUGGAUGGAUUAUUGCAUCGGGUAUCGACGUCUACUGGCUUUCGACGGUGGUCCGGCGGCCCCGCCUUAUCUUGGACUUCGCUUUGACCCUCGUAUUCAACCACUUGGUACUCACGACAUAUUAUGCCGCAUCUUUGCCGACGUCUCUAUUCUUCUGGAUUGUCAUGGUAGCAUGCUCCACCAUCUUGGUGGUGGCCGGAGAGCAGGUGUGCGUCCGUCGAGAAAUGAGGGAGGGCAUGAGUGUAAUUGGAGUCGGACAAGCAGACGAGACGGGAAGGUUGACGGAGGAGAUGGAAUUAGGAGACGUCCGAGGUAGAUCAUCGGAUUAGGCGUUUCAGGGCGAUACCUGCCUGGUAUACAUGGUAUCUCUUUGCUUGGGAUAUUGAUUGUAUGCGCCAGGUGCAAAGAGUUGUAGUAGACCAACCGAUAUUACUUGCUUUCACUGAAGAUGGCGUGGAGGCCCACUCAGUUCCGUAUGGCAAGGUCCG